CGGCUCUACUGUGCAGAAGAAUCUGCUCCUCGGUCCAGCGGUGUCCUGCUUUCACCGGCUGUCUUCUCUCCCCGGCGCUGGAAUCUUCAUUGUGGGCGCCCAGCUGUGACAGCUUGUGGCUUCACAGCCGGGUGCCCACUGCGCAUGUGCAAGAAGCGUUGUACUUUGUCAGCUGUUUCUGGUCAUCUCCUGUACUGUGUCCGCAGUCUCUGGUCAUCUCCUGUACUGUGUCCGCAGUCUCUGGUCAUCUCCUGUACUGUGUCCGCAGUCUCUGGUCAUCCCUGUACUAUGUCCGCAGUCUCUGGUCAUCCCUGUACUAUGUCCGCAGUCUCUGGUCAUCUCCUGUACUGUGUCCGCAGUCUCUGGCCAUCUCCUGUACUGUGUCCGCAGUCUCUGGUCAUCUCCUGUACUGUGUCCGCAGUCUCUGGUCAUCUCCUGUACUAUGUCUGCAGUCUCUGGUCAUCUCCUGUACUGUGUCCGCAGUCUCUGGUCAUCUCCUGUACUGUGUCCGCAGUCUCUAGUCAUCUCCUGUACUAUGUCCGCAGUCUCUGGUCAUCUUCUGUACUGUGUCCGCAGUCUCUGGUUAUCUCCUGUAGUAUGUCCGCAGUCUCUGGUCAUCUCCUGUACUAUGUCUGCAGUCUCUGGUCAUCU